AAGUGGUUGAGAAAAUUUCUUUAUCCGAAGUUGUCGAUUAUGUCACCAGCAAAGCCACUAAUCUUGAGCACGAUGACAUGCUGUCCUUCGAUCUUUGCAUUGAGCUUGAUAAUGUAUUGGUUACUGCACAUGAUGCAAAGAAUAUGAUAAAGUUAAUAGUGGAUGAGAUUGAGGGAUUUGAUGGAUAUGAUUGGAUAUUCACAACUGGACCUGAAAUGUCAUUACGCCAUUGUGGAUUCAGUAUAUUUUAUCUUGCAUAUUCACAGUGCCGUGAACUUGAGUCAAGAGAAGCAAUGAUUGGAUUUCAUCAUAAUAUUCAGCAUGAGAAACCUGUUGAUAUUACUACCCCACCAGAAGUAAAGCGUGAAAUUAUGCAAAAUCUUCACAUGGAUCCCUGGUUAACAUCUUGCCAGCACUUUUAUAAAUCAGAUGAAGAUCAUGUAGUUUCUGCGCGCCACUUUUUGAAAGGGUCCCAUACUGUUGCCAGUGAGCUUUGUUUCAAUUGGAAUACUGACUUGGUUACAGCGAUUGGAUUCACAACCCCUUUAUUAGCUGGGCUAUUACCAUUGUCGAGUAUACAUUGUGACGCGACUUACAAAACGACCAAAGGACACUUCGAACUCUACGGGAUUAUCGGUAACAUUGAGAGUGCAGGAUUUCCAGUAGCAUAUCUCAUUUUGAAUACUACGAAGGUGCCAAACAAUGAAGAACAAACAGGAUUACGAACAAUGGCACUU